AUGGCACAUAUUCAGCGUAUAAAAGUCCUCGACGGCAUCGCCGUCAACCUGUGGAGCGACAAGCCGACCGAGAUCGUGCUGGGACUUUUCCUUAGCACAUUGAGAACGAAGGACAACGAGCGGCUCUGCCGCGAGCUGAACAUCGUCGCUCGCGUCGCGAUUUACCGCGAGGGCGACCCCAUCCCCUGGAGCCCCCCCACCCGCAGCGGUAGCACGGGGGUGGUCGGCCAGACAGAGGAGAGCAGCAGCAAGCUCCUGUGCAUACCCGUCUACGACCAGCGGUCCACCAACCUCCUCGAGCACUUCCCGUCCAUAUGCCACUUCAUAAACAAGCACGCCGACGUGCCGUCGUCCCUGGACGAGCUGGCGUCGAAGCUGGGCGCCGCCGACGCCAAGGCUGGCGCGACAAAAGAUGCGGUGAACGGCGGAGACGGCAGCCAAGAAAGCAAGAGGCCGCGGGCCGUGCUGGUGCACUGCGUGAUGGGGAUCUCGCGGAGCGCGACGGCGGUGGCGGCCUUUCUCAUGCACCAGUACGGCAUGUCGCGGGACCAGGCCCUCGGGCACAUCGCCAAAAGACGCCCGCAGAUAAACCCAAACGGCGCCUUUCAGAAGCAGCUCCUGGACUGGCAUGAUAAGAUGAGGAGGGUUCGAGAAUUCGGCAAGCCCAAGCCGGCGGUCCAAGUGCUGGAGCGUUGGAAGAGGGCUUUGCCCUUUUUCGAGAAGGAUUUCGAGGCCGAUUCCGAGCACCCUUUCCGGGAUAACGUGGAGCACGAAGGAGUAUUCCCAUUCGAACUUUAG